GCUUAAAAUAUAAAAGAGCGCGGGACUUAAUGACUGGCCGCAGUUCCCGCGAUUCCACUCACGAGUUGCUCUUCAAAUUCACACUCUUUCUCUCUAAAUAAGUGACUCAUCCAAUAAUGGCGGCUCUGAUUGGAAACAUCCCGGAGUUCUAUGCCGGCGCCCAGGAUUGGAAUGUCUAUUCGGAGCGCCUGGAGCAGUUCUUCCUCGUUAACAACAUUCCGGACGACAAGAGGAGCGCCCUGCUCAUCAGUGUGAUCGGCAAUGACACGUACAAGGCGCUGAGGGAUCUCUGCCACCCGCAGUUGCCCAAGGACAAGCCCUUCGAGGAGCUCUGCGAGCUCCUGAAGAAGCAGUAUGGGCCACAAGUGUCGGUGUUUCGGGAGCGCAAGAAGUUCUACACGUCCAAGCAGAUGGAAUAUGAGGGCGUUUCCGCGUGGUAUGCGCGCCUGAAGACGCUGUCUGUGGACUGCAAAUUCGGCGACAACCUCGAGACGAUCCUCAUGGAUCGCUUCAUCAGCGGCCUGCGGAAUCCCGUGGUGCUGGACAGGAUGUGCGAGGAGGACGAGACGCUCACGCUGACCAAGGCAGUGGAGCUGGCGGUGAACAAGGAGAGUUCCGUGGUGGACAACGGCGGGCGCUACAAUAGUUACAACAAUUACAACAACUACAACCAGAACCGGUGGCAGAACCGCCGCGGCCGCGGACGCGGAAGAGGCGGCGGCCGCGGAGGCUGCUUCGGGAUGGCGGCACCUGCGAAUGAUCAGGCUUCGGAUGCCGGCGACAUCGCGCCAAUUCUGUAGUCUGACGAUCGAUUGAUUCUUAUAGAAUAAUGUAUAUUUACCUGCACACGAAAAUAAAUGUGUGACGCAA